CCAACGCCUAAAAUAUGUAUUAGCCAGAAUGAAGCUACCACUGCUGCUGUUGCUAAUCCAGUCUUGGGCCCUGUUCGCCAUAGCCACUCCUGCCAAGCACUGGCGUCGUGCACCCACCCAUGGGGUUUUCAAUGUGGAUGUCUAUGCAUACAACAAGCCCAGGAUGAACCUGGCCUUUCGCCAGGCCGUUUCCAGUCGAUCGGCUCAGGAUUCUCCGCCAAUGGGUGAUCUGCUGCAUCAGAUCUCCCAGCACAGUCAAAGAUCCACCGAGCAGAGGUCCCACUACAGAAACCUCGACGAGAAGGUGGAGGUCCUGGCAAUGGCAGGGCAGAAACAAGACAGCGAACUGAACAAAACAAUUGAGGAGCCGGCCAUAAACAUGCAAUUAAUGCCGCUGCAAAUGAACUCGGCUCUGCACGCACGGGAGAAUUUAUAUUCGAACGAGUUCCAUGUGCAAAGUAUUGGGGCCAAGAAGAUAGUGCAAUUGAAUACCCUGACCACUGACCAUGAACGUAAACCAGUCGCCGAAGAAGUUAUGGCCCAAAGGCAGCAGGAGCCAGAGCAGCAGCAGGAGCAGCAGGAGCCGCUGAAGGUAAAGCUGACACUGCCAGAGCUUCCCGAGAACAAUGCAGCAGAAACAGAAGCCAUGCCUGGAAAGGAUAAAGUCGGAGGUGGAGCUGAAGAAGCAUUGACUUCAAACGCCACGGUGACAGCUCCUGCAGGGGAAUCCCUGACAAGUGUGAAGAAAACUAUGGCCCCGAGUGGGACAAUUAUCGAUAUGGCAUCGACAGGAAUGCAGCAGCUUGUCAGCCGUCCGACAGCGGAGAAUGCCGGUGACACGGCCACAAAGGCUCAUUCCGGUAAGGAAAAGAAGGAUGAAACCAGAGUCCGACCGCCUCGACGGAAGACCAAGCGAAAGCAAACGCCAACAGGAGCGAAGGCAUCUAAUGAAACUGAUACAAAGAUGACAGCAAACCAAGUUGUCACUGUCUCAGUUCCUGCUCCUGCUCCUGCUGCUGCUGCCCAUGAAACUAACCCCAUUCUGGGACCAAGUACUGGUCCAUUGAAUGUGAAGCAACCGACGAAGGAAUUGGAAACACAAUCACCGGAAAUCAGCACGCAUCGUCCUUUAACAGCGAAGAGCAAGGGCAAAGGCAAGGGUAAGGGCAAGGAUAAACGUCGGCAGGGUUCUCAAAGACGUCCUGUGAACGCGGGAGCAAUGGAGGAGGAAAUUGAAACUACGACAAAUUGGUGGCAGAUUCUCCCGUAUUCGGAAAUUAGAAAAUUUUUGAAUACGAUUUACGAUACCAUCGCCGACGAUACCGACGACGAACGUGCCACGGAUGAUGUGUGAAAGCAGAGUUACGGACGGUCGGGCCCGGGGUUUUUGGGGUUUCGGUUUUAGUGUUUAUAGAGGGUCCGACCGGGCGGCGAAUUGAAUUUCCGCUGGAACUGAACUUCGUGCACUGAUUAAAUAGCUUAUAACUUGGGGAAACAUUUCGAUUAGAUUUGGUUGGUGUUUUAUGGUCACAACAACUAGCAAUAAAACGGGAUAUAAAGAUUUAAAAACCUAUUAAAGAUUUCGUAUUAACACUAUAAAA